CUUAGUGAUACAUUGAUGUUUUUUGAUGUCUUACUACUGUGGAUAUGACGUUAUCUACAAAGUUACUAGCAACUACAGCUGCCAUCAAAACAGCGAAUUAAUUAGUAUAAUAUUGCCCUCUGAGUGGAGAAUUUCUAUUCUAUUCUAACAAUUGAGUACUAGUAAUAGUCCCGAUAUGUCACCAUUUGAAUAUUAGACAUAUUCUUCACUGUUCAACAACAGAAAACAGCAGUAAAUGCCUCUAGUUACAUGAAAAUGGUUGUAGUGCUUGAGGUAAAUGGUUACUAUGAUGCAAUACUGACAUCUAGAGGCCCGUUUUUAAUGGUUUUACAGUUCUGGAGAAACGAAACCGAAAUACCGUACUUUCAUUUCAGUCGAUACCAAAACAGUGAAUCAGCCUUUGUGCUGCCACUAGUUUUUACCAACAGCGAGGCCAACCCGUAGUGUGUUAAUUUGGAUCAGUCUGAUCAGCUGGGUGAAUCGAAAUGGAGCCUGAGGAAGACAACAUUUAUGAAAAUCUCAUUGAGCAAUUACGGCCCAGGCUGCGAGAGCUUAUCGUGGUGGAACAGGUUCUGGAUCACAUACAUUUCAUCAAAGCCGACCAAAAGGAUCAGAUCAGGCAAAAAGAGAGGACCGAGGGUAACCCUAUGGCCGCGAAUCUCCUCAUUAGCACGGUCAUCAAGAAGCCACGCGAGCCCGGCUGGUUCCAAGCGUUUGUUGACGCGUUAAUACAGGCAGGCUGUGGACAUGCAGCGGACUACAUGCAGGGCAAACUCCCAGAACCUGAAGUGGAGGCAGAGAAUGAUUACUGUGUCCAGCUUAUUCAAAUACUGUCUCCCAGUCUUGUUGACAUGAAUACUGCACAGGUGUGCCUACACUGUCAUGCGAGCAAACUACUCACCCAGGAAGACUCGGAUAUUGUUAAGGCUGAAACGGCAAACAGAGGACCCAAGGGUGGAGCUCGUGAACUUCUGAGAAGAAUCGUGAGAGGUCGCCCAGGAUGGUUUUCUGAAUUUCUCAAUGUUCUACGUGAAACUGAACACAAGCACCUUCUUCACCAGCUGACAGGAGGGCCACCUGACAAUGACAAGCAAGAUGAGAAACUCUCUUCACUGAAAGAUGAACCUUCAGGAAGUGGUACCGCCACAGAGGAGAGUACAGCAGGAGCUGAGAGCUGUGAUAGUCCAGAAUCUGUGGACAUCAGCAUGACCACGGAGACACAGGAGGAAGCCGCAGAGCUCUACAAAGGAGAAAAUACUGACUCCACACAACUGCCAAACAGCUCAGAGCCCUCACAACCAGAUGGAACUGACUCAGAAGCAGCAGCCGGAUGCCCAGAAAAAGCUGAUAUUGUUCUUCGAGAUUAUCAGAUGGAGGUUGCUAGACCUGCCUUGGAGGGGAAAAACAUCAUCAUAUGCCUCCCGACAGGAAGUGGUAAAACCAGAGUUGCAGUUUAUAUUACCAAGAAACAUCUGGACUGCAGGAGGGCUGAAGGGCAAUCAGGGAAAGUGGUCAUCCUGGUGAACAAGAUCCCUCUUGUUGAGCAGCAUUAUUCAGCAGAGUUCCUUCCAUAUCUGAAGCAUACAUAUAAAGUGGAGAGAGUGAGUGGAGACUCCCAGCUCAAAAUCUCUUUCACAGAGAUUGUGAAGAAAAAUGAUGUCAUCAUUUGCACAGCCCAGAUCCUGGAGAACUACUUGGAAAGGUCCAACAAAGGAGACGAUGAAGGAGUGCACUUAAAAGAUCUGACACUGAUUGUGAUAGAUGAGUGUCACCACACUCAGAAGGGAGGAGUCUACAACCAUAUAAUGAUGCGCUACUUGAAGCAGAGGCACAAGAACAAAAGGCUGCAGAAGGAGCAGAAGAAGCCUGUGUCUCUCCCUCAGAUCCUGGGCCUGACUGCCUCACCUGGGGUUGGGGGAGCCACAAAAAUGGAUAAAGCCGAGGAACACAUUCUGCGCAUUUGUGCAAACUUGGAUGCUUCCAAAAUCAUGACAGGGAACCUUGGGGAGUAUAAAAAGGAACUAGACAAGAUCAUUGUAACAGUGGAAGACAGAAAAGAGGAUCCUUUUGGGGAUGUAAUCAAGAAAAUCAUGAAUGCUAUUCAUACCCAUGCUGAGCUGAGCCCCACUUGCGCUCUUGGCUCUCAGAAUUAUGAACAGUGGGUCGUUCAAAAAGAGCGAACAGCUGCAACAGAGGAAGAUCAGAAAGUUCGGGUUUGCGCAGAGCACCUUCGACAGUACAGCGAGGGCCUGCAGCUCAGCAACACCAUUCGCAUGCGUGAUGCCUUCAGUUUCCUGAACAAAUACCACGAGGAGGAGAGGAAGAGAAAAACAACCCCGGAUGAUGAAGACAUCAUACAAAUUACAAACACUGAGAGAUUCCUCUUCAAAUUGUUUGAUGAGAACAAGGACGAGCUGGAGAAGCUUGCAGAGAAUCCCGAGUAUGAAAAUGACAGCCUGUCGAAACUAAGAACCACAAUUCUGCGCGAGUUCAGCAGCAGGAAGGAAGGCAGAGGGAUCAUUUUCACCAAGACACGUCGCAGUGCCAUUGCCUUAAGUCAGUGGGUGCAGGAAAACCCCAAGUUUGCCGACAUUGGAGUGAAAGCCUCACAUGUCAUCGGAGGAGGAGACCAGAGUGUUGUUAAACCAAUGACGGCUGCAGAGCAAAAAGAUGUGUUGAGCAAAUUCGGCAAUGGCGAAGUCAACUUGCUGAUUGCUACCACCGUGGCAGAGGAAGGUUUGGACAUACCAGCGUGCAAUUUUGUUAUCCGAUAUGGCCUUGUGACCAAUGAGAUCGCUAUGAUUCAGGCUCAAGGCAGAGGACGAGCUGAGGACAGCAGUUACACCCUGGUUGAGGUGAAGGGGUCUGGAGUGGCUGAAAAGGAGUGUGUCAAUGAGUACCGCAAGACCAUGAUGCACAAAGCCAUUGACAAAAUCAGAGCCUUACCUCAAGCAGACUAUGAGAAAAAAAUCACAGAGUAUCAAAUUCAAGCUAUAAUGGAGGAGAAGGUGAGAAUGGUAAAGAAAAAGCAGAAAGAACUGAAGAACGAGAACCCGUCUGAUUUGAAGUUCAGCUGUCGAGGCUGCAGCAAAAACGUCUGCUCCGGUGAAGACAUCCAGAUCAUCGAAAACAUGCACAGAGUCAAUGUUUCAUCACAGUUUAGUAACCUUUUCAUUCGGAGAGAAAACACUACUCUUCAAGAGCGGCUUCUAGAUUAUGAGACCAACGGCUUCAUCGCAUGCAAGGACUGUGGGCAGAGAUGGGGUUCGAUGAUGCUCUACCGCGGGAUUGAGUGCCCUUGCCUCCACGUGAAAAACUUUGUGGUGGCGUCCAAUGGAAAGAAAAUUAGCAAAUGCACCAAGUGGAGUGAGCUCGCCGUCAAGUUUUCAGCUUUUGACUACGCUGAACAUGCCAGCCGGGUGGCAGAGAGCUCAGAUGAUGAUGAUGAGGAAGAAGAAGAAGAAACAAAAUGAAUUACAACUGCAGGCUAUUUUCCGUUGUUUUCUUAUCCUGAUUGUGUGGCUUGCACUGCAUGAAUUACUGUGGCCAUCACACUGGUAAAUGCAAUCUUUGUUUUCAGUGCGACAUUGUCAUGAAAAUUGCAGUUACAAUUUUUUUUUUAACAUUUGUCCAGAGUAUGUAGAAUAUUCUAAUCAUUGUAUUGGUAAUUUCAAAAAUAUUGUCACAAGAUUGUCACAAAAUUCAUGAUAUGAAUCUGCACUGAUUGUCAAAAUAUUAAUAUGCACUGGGGGUUGGUUGUAAACAUAUCUAGUAUCAGAUACACUAUAUAGUCAGUAUCACUGCAUCUGAUACUAGCCUAUAUAUGUUGAGUUUACUGUUGAAAUACUUCAAAUGUCAUAAAAUAUAAUUGGUCUGCAUCAUUGGUAGAAAAUAAACUGGAAUAAGUGGAAAUGAAACUGAACGAAAUGAAUAAUAAAAAAUAUAUAUUUUCCUCUCAA